UCUCCUAGCUAAGCUUUUUCACUCCCUCUCCUCUUUGAAAAAGAAAUCGCCGCUACGAAAUUGCUUAGAUUUUCGUAGUCGAUUUCUGAAUUCUGAUAUCGUUCUUCUUUCAGGUGAAAGAGGAUUUUGAGCUAGUUCGAAAAUGAGCAACACAGAAACAGAAAAGCCACAUUCAUGGCUGAGGACUGACCGCUUUACACCAAUAAAUUCCUCAUGGCUUGCAGAAAAUCUAAAAGGGGUUGAUCAAAGUGUACAAGACUUGCUAACAAUGAUUGAAGAUGAUGACUAUUCUCUAGCAGAUGCUGACCUAGUUCAUGUGAGGCGGUCAGACAUGUUUGAUUGUAUUAAACAAAUUUACCACAAGCAUCAGAUACUUGCGGAGCAUUAUGACCAGAUUCUUUCAUCAGAUUAUUCCAGCUUGGCUAUCACAGACCACGCCAAUGUCAUUGCCUUGACUACUCCCAAUCAAGAUUGCCAGAAUCAGUUCGAUAAUGCUUCAUUCCCUUCCAACUUGUCGGACGGCUCUUCAAAAAUCAAAUUUUCCUUGUCUGAAUCAGAUUCUGAAUCCGAUUCCUCCAUUGAGAAAUAUGAAACUCCAAUUAUGAUGCCGUAUCCCAAGAGUACUAAUAAUAACGGCUCUAGUAGGAACGAUGAAUACGCUACUGUUUUGAACAAGAUCACAAAGUACAAAGAAGAACUGAAGGCCACACAGCAUAAACUUCAGAUUUCAGAAGAAGAGGUUAUUGAUUUGAAAAGGAAUGAACGCAUGGCUUUGAGCGAACUUGAAGAUGAGAAAAAGAUGGUGGCUAUGAUGGACUGUCAGAUUACAGACUGCAAUAUGAAUAUAUUUAAAUUGGUAACAGAGUUAAAUUAUUUACGGGAAGAAGUAGUGAAGGUGAAUGAUGAGCUAAGUAAUGCCAGAGAAGGGUUCGAGUUGGAGAAGGAAAAGCUUGAAAUGGAGGCGUUGGAGUUAUCAGAGGUAGUGUAUAUUCUCGGGGAAAGGAACCAAAUAAUGGAACUGGAAGCUGAAUACCUGAGGAGUGAGGCGAGGGAGUUGAUGAGAAGUAAGAAAUUGGUGGAGGAGGAGAUGAAGGAAGAGAUUGCGGGGAAGGUUAGCAUGAUAGAGGAUCUAUAUAUGAAAGUGGAGGCAAACGAGGAGAAAAUGAAAAUGGCUAUGAGAAGGAGAGAGUACGAUUACGAGAAGAGAAUCGGGGAAUUGGAAGAGAAGGUGGAGAUGUCAAGGAAAGGGGAAGAGGAGCUGAAGAAAGAGGUUGCGGAUAGGGGGGAGGAGAAGAAGGAAGCAAUUAGGCAGCUGUGUUUCUCGUUGGAUUAUUACAGGAACAGAAAUGAGAAACUUCGACAGGUAAUUGUUGAUGCUAAUUCUAAAUGUUACUAUUACAAAUCUGCUGCAGUUGUUUCUGCUUCAUGAUUGAUUCAUCUCAUUAUGGUUUAUAUUACCAAAUUUCUAUCUAAUAUAUGCAAAUGUAUGCAUGCAUGCAUAGUUGUUCUGGUUAGGCCAUGAAUUUGGUGGACCUCCUUAUGUUGUUCUAUUAAUUUUUCAGGAUAUUCAAGGAACCAUGAUUUUGAAACUUGUUUUUUUUUUUGUGUGUUGGGUA